AUGCACCCCUUCUCCGCCCUAACGAUUGGAAUCUUCGUAGCCGGCUACACCACCGCUCGAUGGGACCUGGUCACGAGGCUCUAUGAGCUUGCCAUCUUUGCUUGGGACUACGGAGUUGUUUCGCGCGCCGCAUACGGUUUCGUCGUACUGUCGCUCUUCUUCCUCGUCGUUCUCCUGCCUGUGGCACGUCUUGCAGCCAGAGAGUCAGACCUGCAUCCUCGGUCCACCGGUUCAGGCAUAUCCGCACGGGAGCAGCUGAGACGAAGAGGGUCGUUCUAG